GUCAACAGUGUGAACAGCGCCUCGAGCCCGUUAGGAAGAUGGCGACAGGAGUCCUUCAGAGAGUGAGCACCGGCUUGGCUCGGGCUAAAAACGGAGCCCAGUCAGCCGGGCAGCUUCUCGUUUGGACCAGAGGCUUUUCCACGUCCACCAUCACCAGACAAGACAGCUGGUUCAAAUCACUCUUUGUCAGGAAAGUUGACCCCAGGAAAGAUGCACACUCAACUCUACUGACCAAAAAUGAAGAAAGUAACCUCUACAAAAUUCAGUUCCAUAAUGUAAAGCCAGAAUGCCUUGAAGCAUACAACAAAUUAUGCGAGGAUGUCUUGCCCUCCAUCCAUGCUGAUAAGUACUACCCCUGUGAGCUGGUGGGCACCUGGAAUACCUGGUACGGAGAACAAGACCAGGCUGUUCACCUGUGGCGUUACAGAGGUGGUUACCCAGCCCUAACAGAGGUGAUGAACAAGCUACGUCAGAACAAGGAGUUUACAGAGUACAGGAAGGAGCGUGGUAAGAUGCUGUUGUCUCGCAGGAACCAGCUUCUACUGGAGUUCAGUUUCUGGAACGAACCAGUACCCAGAGAGGGACCUAACAUCUAUGAACUCAGAUCCUACCAACUGAGGCCGGGGACAAUGAUCGAAUGGGGCAAUUAUUGGGCAAGAGCUAUUGGAAUCCGCCAGCAAAACAGUGAAGCUGUUGGAGGAUUUUUCUCACAGAUCGGCAACCUUUAUAUGGUUCAUCAUCUCUGGGCCUACAAAGACCUUCAAUCCAGAGAAGACAUAAGGAAUGGUGCAUGGCAGCAGGAAGGCUGGGACGAGGUGGUCUAUUAUACAGUCCCUCUUAUUCAGCAUAUGGAUUCCCGGAUUAUGAUCCCCACCAAGGCAUCGCCACUAAAAUGAAAAGACAAGAGCCUCUCACAGGACUGAGCAUCAAUUGGGACCGUUCCGAUUAAGUAAACAGAGAAUUACUUCCAACAGUUUCAAUGCUGCCAAACUAUAUGACCCGUUUCUUUCAUCAUUUUUGUUUUUUUCUGGACUGUUUAAUUUGAUGAAAGAUUGAUAUCAAAAUGAAUACAUUUACAUAUUUUGAUGGUUACAGGUGGCAUAGCAUGGGGUAAACGUUAAAAAAAAAAAAAAAAAAAAAAGUUAUUACAACAUUUACCAUUUUCCUUUUUGUGUUGAUGUCCUAACUAAAAAUUGUGUGUGUUGUGGUAGUUGCAGUUGCACUCAAAAUUAUUCAACCCCCAUUGUAAAAUUCAUCUGCUAAAUGCACAAAACUUUCAGUAGUCGGCAAGUUUAAAAUGUGCUGCACUAUUUAUUUUGUUUCCCCUUUAGCUUAUUGGUGACAAAUUUAAUUAACAAUGGGUGUUGAAAUAUUUGGAGUGCAAAUGUUUCAAUUCAAUCACCGGAUGACCGCAUACCCAGUACAGCAUCUAAAUUAACAUAACACAAAUCCCAGUUAGAUAAAAUGGGAGCUAAUAGUUGGAAAGACUAUCUCAGUGAUGCUUGGUAAUAUUUAAAUUACUGGUCAUCUACAGUACAUGGACACAAACUACAAAAGUGUCAACGCAAACAUUAUGUCCAAACAAAUAUUAUAUAUAUUUUAUUUUAUUUUGGGGGGGGGGGGCAAGUCGACAUUUUUGCUUUGACAUAUUCGUCGGUCCUUGUUACUCCACCGCCAUAUGUCACUGGCUGGUCAUUAAUUUCAACAUUUUCUCUUGCCACAUGUCAGCUAAUCAUUGAUAAAGAAGCUGAGAAUUUACCAAAGUGGCUUGAAAUAUUAAAAAGCAGCUGUAUGGCAUGUACAUGUUAAUAUUCUUGAUCAUAUAACUGCUGGAGCUCACUAUAUUGUGCAACAGGGGGCUUUUAUUUAUUCAGUGUAACCUUGAUUGUUAACUGUUUAAAUGUUAGCUGGGAUAACAUGAUCAUCAAAACUUUGAGUCGCAAAGUUAACAGUAUCAACGUUUUUUUACACGUUUUUUUUUGACUGAAAUGCAUCUUGUUUUCCCGAGAUCCUUUUUUUUAAAAACAAUACAAUCCUGUUAUGAAGUUUCCUAGACGUGUUUGUAAAUGUGACCUUUUCAUUUUUUUUUUUUGCUUUUGUGUGAACAAAGCAUGCCUUGCUUUUAAAUUAUAUAUGUAAGAUAUUUUCAGGGGAUUAAACGAUACACACAUGAGCAGUCACACCUCUAUAUUCGGAUUUUAUCCUCCAAAAAAAAAAAAUCAUGUCUUUUGUCGUGCUCAGGCAAUAACAACAGAAUUAAAGAAAUUCAAGAAACCAA